CAAAUCUUCCUUUCUUCUCUGUUUCUCCAAAUUCUAUCUCAAGGAUAAAACUUUUCCCCGACAAACCUUUUUCUCCUCUCAAUUUCAUACACAAAAUUCUCCAGCUCGCCACGCCACACUCGGAGCUCAUGUUCGUCAUGCAAAUAUGAACUGAGUGGGAACUGCCCGUGUGCGUGUGGUGUAGAUGGCAUUCGCAACACAUCAGUUGCAGGAUCUGCCACCAACGUAGGUGUUGGUAGGAAAGAGUUUGCAUGUGCGUGAUAAGAGAUGUGGUUGACCUUCUACAUGACACAAAGAGCUGCUGUUGUAACCGAGUUUCAGCUUUCUGGUUUCCUGCCGGUGUGCUUUUAUGGUUCUUGUAGCGCGUUUCCUUCUGUGCCUUCAUCAUGGAGCAGAGGGAGCAAGGUAAAACAUUUUUUGCCUACAUUCCAAGUUGGCAGAAAAGAUAGAUUAAUCUCUUUGAAAUGCAGAUCGUAUUCGAGUGUAGGAUCUUCUCUUGUCCUUGGACCAAAGUCAAAAUCAUUUAAAAUAUCGGCUUUCAAAGGUAGCAGCCGACAUGAUGAUUCAGGUGGCAGAGCUAAUGGAUCAAAGUCCCUAAAGAAUCCUGUUAAAGUUUCUUAUUUGCAACAAGAGGGUGAGUCCCCAUUGGAAUCUUCAAAGGUACAGAAUGUUGUUCCCGCUUCUUACACAGCAGCAGAUGGAACGACAACCAGGUCCCUGGCUAUACAAAACUUAUUUAAGAAAUGGUUGAUUUUACUGCGUACACCACCACAAUCCCAAUCUGUGGGGGGAGCUCUGGAUGAACCUUGUUCCACUGAAACAUCAGAAAUGCCAAACUCUAUGCAAAAGCAAGAAAGAGGUGAAAUUUUGAAAUCUGUUUGGUGCUACUUUCUGGGUUUGGACGCAACAAUAAAGAUACCCUUCCUAAUGUUCACCCCUCUAUACCUCGCAGUUAACCUGGUAUAUGGGUCGGAAGUGUCAAAAGAGUUAACCCCCCUAUGGAUUCUUGGGCCACUAAUUGUGGUUCUCUACAUCAAAAUGUUUCGGGCAAUAUGCAGCCUCUACAUAUUCAGUUUCAAGCAGAGUGUUAAAGUAGUCAAGAACCUGCCUGCCUACUACUUACUGCUACACGAGUACAUUUUUCGAGGGAAGCUAAAAGAAGCGAUACAAAGACAUCUAUGGCAACCUAUCGCAGAUUUAAAAAACAUGGACUACAAAGAGCUCACCAGGAGAAAAAUGAAGGAUUUCCAGGUGUGGUUAGUGGAGAGAUACCUGGAUUUUAUUGAAUUAAUAUGGCCUUACUACUGCAGAACAAUCAGGUUUUUAAAGAGGGCAAAUCUAAUAUAACAUCACGUCUUUUCUGAGGAGAUAUGAUCAAAUGGCAUGAACAACUCGAGAACCUUUUUGUUUUUCGGAUUUACUUCAUUCGUUCAGGGUAAAACAUUCAUAGAGGCACAAUUGUGAUCCCGUUUUUGAACUGGGGUUUUUCCUUGAUCAUUUAGAGAUGACUGCUACCGAAGAGAUGUGUAGCGCUGAUGGAUACUCAUUUAUCUCCAUUUCAGUUUCAGGUGCUUUGUCAAAUUCUUCUCUCUAUGGGUUCAUUGCAAUAGGGAUAUUUUGGCUGUUUGUAAUGUAUUCCAUAUGAAAACACACCCUAAUCUGUUUUUAUGGGACGUGCUCCAGUUUUCUAUUAGCAGUUCCAUUUUCCAUAUGAAACCGUAUCAAUUUCAUUCCGGUGCUGUCUGAAGUUAUAUUGCAUCGCCACUUGGUUAUUCUUCUUCAA